AUGAACAUCUCAGCUGCCAAUGUGACCAUUGUAAUUGAAUACCGAGACACCCUCGCUAAAGCUGUCACCAAAAAUGUGGUUGUUGUUGUUCUCAGCAUCUCUCUCAACUGUAUCAAUGCGGGACUCGUACAAACCUUUCGCAAACACCAGGUAUGAUAUUAUUUUCAGCAAAACUUAAAGCCCCUGUGAAGAACUCUCAGUGCGUGUCUAGUUUGGUGCUCCCGGUGGAUAAAACAGUCUUUAUUUUCUUGUCUUGACAUACUUUAGUUGUGUCUCAUCCUGCUGUUAUAUUUGUGUUUAACUGUCAAUAUUUAAAUCCUAAAGACAGGGCUGUUUCUUCAGCUGCUUAACUCCCCUCACAUAGAUUUGGGGCAUAAAAAAUUAUCUACAAACUGAUAGUCUUGUUGCUAAUGGUCUUGUUUGCUUUAAAAUGUCUUUAAAAAGCAUAAAAACUUUCAGUCUUUUCAGAGAAAAGACUGAAAGUUAGAAUUAGAAGAAUAAGAAAUUAUUGGAAGUUUACAGUGAUUAGUUUAUCAAAAUUAACUUGUCCAUUUUACAACCCAACCAAAAGCCAUUACAUCAAUAAAAAUCAACAUAACACUUGUCUUAUUCUACAAAAUCCUCCCAGUUAGUUGAUUUUAAAAGUCCACUUUUCUUUCAUCUGAAAUGUUCCUCUUCUCCUUUUCAUCCUCCUAUCCUACAGAUCUUCUACACGAAUCCUCGCUACAUCCUGUUCAUCCACCUGGUGCUCAACGACAUGAUUCAGGUGAUGCUGACAGUCAUCCUGUUCAUCAUCAGCUACAUCCUCCACAAAAUAAAAGUCUACAUAUGUUGUCUCUUCAUCCUGCUGGCUCUCAUCGUCACUGAGAACACCCCGCUGAACUUGGCCUGCAUGGCGGUGGAGUGCUACAUUGCCAUCUGCAUGCCACUUCGCCAUGUGCAGAUGUGCACCAUCAGGAGGACGCGAGUGCUCAUUGGUUUAAUCUGGAUUGCCAGCUUGCUUUCUGUUUUUCCUGACCUCAUCGGUGCUUUGGCCACAGAGCAGCUGAGCUUCUUCAACACAAGAGUCUUCUGUCUACGAGAAAGUGCAUUUAGAAAUCCUCAUACCAUCAAGAAAAGAGACGUCACUUACAUCAUUUACCUGGUCAUAGUUUGGCUGGUCAUCUUUUACACUUAUUUCAGAAUCCUCUUCACUGCAAAAACUGCUAGCAAAGAUGCCAAAAAAGCCAGAAACACCAUUGUUCUUCAUGGUUUCCAGCUGCUGCUGUGCAUGACAACAUAUGCAGACCCUCUGUUAAAAAAGGCCCUCCUGUACUUGUUUCCUAAGAACUUUUCAGACAUUCUGUUCGCCUGCUAUAUUAUUAUUCAAAUCCUGCCACGCUCCAUAAGUCCUAUCAUCUAUGGCAUACGAGACAAGACUUUUAGGAAGUACCUGAGGAGGAAUCUGCUCUGUAAAGUCAGAACACAGUCAGCUAACAGAUGAUAUAUCAAACCUCCAAAAGCUACGUUGAGACUUUGAGGGGUCUGCUCUGGCCUUGGUUCUUUUUCAGUUAUACAAUCCUGCAAAUGUGGCAUUGCUACUUUUGAUUAAUUGAUUUUUGCUAAUGCAAGUUUUUCACCAAAGUAUAGGCACAAGCACCCAAUGUGAUACACACACACCCGCAUGCACGCACACACACACAGAUAUUGCCUAUUUCAGAUUUAUUUCAUGAUAAACACACUCCAUGCUGUUUGAUGUUGUUAGCUUGAAUAACUUAUAAAGAAAAUAAACAAUGGGUGGUGUUAACCAUCUGGGGCCUGUGUUGAGGUUGCAUGGGUCCCCUCUCUGUACUUGGUCCCACAGUCCAAAGACAUGGUCAUUAUGUUUACUAAUAACUCUGUCCUGUGAUGGAUGUUAUUCCCAUUUGACGAAAUGCAAAUAUUGGUUAUAUAAUGUUAUGUUAUAUUAGAAAAUACAUUUGUACACUGAGGAAGGUGGAGACUGUUCUAAAGAACAUUGAUCACCCAUUCCACUAUACCCUGAUGGACCAAAGGGCCAGUGGUGGUGGACGCCUCCUCUCUCUUCGCUGCAGGACAGAAAGAUCCAGAAGAUUUUUUGUACUAACAGCCAUCAGACUUUAUAACUCUUAUGUAAAUAGUAGAUAACUUUUUGACACAUGACAACUGAGACUACAGACAAUUGAAUUUCCCUUUGGGGGUAAAAAGUAUUUAAAGUCACAGAGUAACAAGAAUACAGUUGUAUCAGAAUUAUUUUCCUACAAGCACAAAGUAAUGGUAAUAGCAAAUACAAAAUUCAGUGGCAUAAUAACAUUACAAAAUGAAGGGUCUUCAUGUCAGGAAAGUAAGUAAAUAUGUAACUAGAAUAAAGCCUAUCGUCAUGAGAAAAAAUAGUAAUGUCAACAGAGCAAGCUGUUAAUGUUUCAGGAAAGUCAUUCAGUUACAUUACAAUUUACAUUACUUUCAUGAGAACAUGGUCAUUGUGUUCAAUCACAGAAUUAAAGAGGAUUUCUUAGGUUAAGUGAUCAAAAUUAGCAUGUUUUACUUCAAGAUUAAAAUUGUUUUGUUAGUUUUAAAAUACACUUGUGGUGCAACUUAAGACACAUCAUCAGUGUUGGCACCUGGGUUCACUGGGUGUUUCGGGUCUUGCAACAGACACCCUCGCCCAGGGGACCCAGCCGGGGUGAUCAAGUCCCGGCUUGUGUCUUAAGAGCAUGUGACCACGGAUCACCCCGCUUGAUCCACAGCCAUCUGGACGCCUUCUCUGCUGCGUCACAGAUGUUCUUAAUGGCUCGCCUGUUGUGCAGUCCCCCCAUUCCCAGCAUCUUGAGAGCCCUGAUGAGGGACUGGCCAGCGAAUCCUCUGCAUCCGACCUCGAUGGGGUUGCACCGGGUCCUCCAUCCCCUGCUUCGGCAUUCACUUGCCAGCUCCUCAUACUUGGCUUUCUUUCUCUCAAAGGCCUCCUCCAUCCUGUCUUCCCAGGGAACAGUCAACUCCAGCAGGACCACUUGCCUUGUUGUUUCAGACACCAGGACCAUGUCUGGCCUGAGCGUGGUCACUGCGAUGUUCUCCGGGAAUUUGAGCUGUCUCCCUAGGUCGACUUUCAGCUGCCAGUCCCGGGCUGUUGCCAGCAGCCCCCCUGCUUGCCUCCUGAGCUGCUGCGGCUUCUCCCCAGCCUUAAUGAAGGCGAUGGUCUGCCUUGAUGGUUGUAUGUGUUUGCUGGUGGAGAUGCCUGUGCUGAUGGCCUCCGCAAUGACCCGUAGCACUUGGUCAUGGCGCCAGCGGUAGCGCCCCUCUCCCAGUGCUCUUGGGCAGCAGCUCAAGAUGUGUUCCAGUGAUCCUGCUCUUUGGCAGAGAGGGCACAGUGGGUUCUCAGCCAAGCCCCAGCGGUGGAGGUUGGAUGGGCUUGGGAGGACAUCGUAGACCGACUGGAUGAGGAACUUGAUCCGGUGAGGCUCAGAUCGCCAUAGCUCUGACCACGACACCUUCCGGGCAGCUGCCUCCUCCCAACGGGUCCACGCCCCCUGCUGCCGCAUCCCCACUGUCUUGCUGCAGCGGGCCUCCUCCACCCCUGCUCGGACCUCCUGCUGGAUCAGCUGACGCCUUUCCUUCCCCUUGGCCUUGUUAUACGAAGGUCUCGGGUUGCUCCCAAGUCCUGCCCGUCCGGAUGCCACUGUUCCCACCAGCUCACUGUGCCGCAAGCGGGACUCAGCCUGAUCGACUGCCUCUUGGGCACACCACUUCCUGCCGGUCCUCACUUCUACACCAGCCGAGGAGACUUUGAUGUCACUUGAGUCCCUAUACAGCAGCACCUCUCUUGCACGGGUAACCAUAAACUCCUCCGUCAGACUGCUGAAGGGUAGGUUAAGUUUGUUGCUCUUCCCGUACAAUGCGAUGCUGCUGAGGCUUCGUGGUAGGCCCAGCCACUUCCGCAAGAAAGAGCUGACCUUCCUCUCGAAGCACUCGACGGUGGUCACAGGCACAUUGUAAACCAGCAGUGGCCAGAUAAGUCGAGGUAGAAUGCCAUGUUGGUAAAUCCAGGCUUUGUUACAAUAAUUUAUCAGAAUAAAGUUGGUUUGUUGUGUCGAAACUUCAUCUUAUUUAUGUUGUUAUAUAACAGGAAUAAAAUCAUCAUGUUACAGGAAUAAAGCUGUCAUGUUGAGUUAAAUGCUAAAAUAGUUAAAAUACAAAACAAGAUUUAAUUUGUUAUGUAGUGAGAUUUAAAUCAUUGUGUUUUUACACAAGAUUUCACUCAUAAAGUUAAGAGAGAGAAGUCGCUGUACAAGACUAACGUUGUCAUGUUACGUUAUGAGAAUCAAGUUUCCAUGUCAGUAUGUUUCAAGAUUUAAGUUAUGUUUCAGGAUUUUAGUUGUUAUGCAAAGAGAAUAAAGAUGACAUGUUACGUUAUGAGAAUUAAAUCCUCAUGUUGUUCUAUUACAAGAUUUUAAUGUUUAAGACGUUAAUUUAUGCGAUUCAAGUCAGUUACUUGCAGAAGGUGUUUCAUUACUAGAAUUAAAUCAUACUUAGUUCCCAAAUCAGUCAUUAUCUUAAGAGAUUUUAGCAGUCAUGUGGUGCAAUUUAUGUCAUUUUGUUAUGGAAUUGUAGUUGUUAUGCAACAAGCAUUAAGUUAAUAUAUUACAUUAUAAGAAUAAAAUCAUUAUGUUAUGUUAAUAAUAAAGUCAUCAUGGUGAGAGACUGAAGUCAUUAUAAACAAAAAAGUUUGUUACAUUACAAGAUUAAAAAUGUUACAUUAUGAGAUCUAAGUUGUUCGACACCAAAUACCGUAAAGUACUGUUAACCCAGCUUGUGCACAUUUCACUCUUUUGAUUUAAGUCUCAGAGUCAUCUUGAUGUUUUGACACUGAUUGUUGCAGUCAGAUGAGGUUUAAAUUAGCUCUGAGUUUCUCAUAUUGAUUUACUGGUUUAGAAAUUUUGUUUUGUUUUUAUUUCAGAGACAGUAAAGACCAACUCCAUCUCACAUAAGUAUGGAUGCACGAACACACACCUUUGAAUAGUGGCGUAUGAGUUGAACACAGAACAUAUAAAGUCAGAGAUUUCCUGAAGUUCUGCUGAUGGUGUGUGUCUCUCUGGGUUACCUGAGGUGAGUACAGCCGGCUCAUACCUGCACGCAUAUGUCUCAGCAUGGCACAGGUGACACAAACAGCUGAGUCUGUGUCAAUGUUAGACCCUUACUUGAUGUCAGUCUUUUUAUAGUGAUUGUUAGUUAAUUUAAAAGGUCAUUUUUACUCGUGUUUUUAUUGAUAUUAUUACUGAUGAUCAACUGGAUUGUUUACGUUCAUCAAACAUCACACAGGGUGUUUGAGAUGAAUUGGUGAAUAACUACUAAAGAAUAUUUGGUUGCAUUUAGAAGUAACAGUUUUUAGUUUUUAUGUUUUAAUGAUCAAACUGCAAUAACAUAAGUCUGAAUGCAUUUCUAUCAAUUCUAUUGAGAGAAAAAUCAUCUUAUUUUCUUUUUCAGCUUGGUUCAUUGAAUUGAAUUGUAAAGACUUUCUUUUGAAAGCUGACUCUGUAGUUUCUUAGGAUAAACUUAAAACAGCAGAUGUUUGACUAGUUUCAAAGCUGUUGAAAUUAUAAUUAAGUAAUUUGUCAAAGUACCUUGUUCAUUUUCAUCUUGAUUGACUAAAACAAGUGUCCUGACAUGUAAGUUUUCUAUCUGUCUAUAUGAGCAGGAUGAUCUGCUGAAUGUAAACAUUAAAACAUAUUUUAGUCUAAGGAGUUUCGAUAAUUUUAGUCACAUUUAUGAAGCUGUGUUGUUUAAUACUUUGUUACAAAUGAUCAUCAAUAUUCAACCUCAAAAGGAGGUCUUAAGUCUGCCAUAGUAAAGCUUCUACUGUUCCUCAUUAGGAAAACACAGAUAUUCACUGUUAUCAGAGUUGAACUAAUAACUUCAGUGUUAUGAUAGAAUACUUAAGUGCUGCAUGAUUGCUUCAUCACUAAAACAUUCAGAGAAACUUUUCUCAGACAUAUUUGUCUACAUGACGAUUUACUAUAACAACAUUUAUCAGUGAGACCCAACACCCUCACCUCAGUUAAAAAGAUAAAGCAGUUAUCAUGAGCAGUUAACCACUAACAAGUAGGGAUGAGCAAAACUAGAUGUACACUUUUUGGUGUGGUUAUACUAACACCAGUACUGAUACUAAUUGCUACUAAGCAGAAAUAAUGUUUGAAAAAAUAUCAUUAGGCACUAAAAAUGAAUCCCAUGAAAAAGACAGGGCCCACCUCCUUAAAGAAACUAAAAUGUUUUUCUUUUAAACAUUCACAUGUACAUUUUUUACACUGAGGUGUGGCUUUGUGUGUUUGUACUGAUGAUUUUACACCGAUGAAGUUUCUAGCAGAUAAAUAAGCUUCUUUUGUUUUGAUACAAUUAAAAUAUGCUAAUAUAGUGCAGUUAACAUGCAUGUGCAACAGGCCUGGUAAAAAUAGUAAUCAGCAUUUGUUGGCAUGGUGAAUUUGGCUCAACAGCACUCUCUGGGGAAUUUUAAGUGUGCAGCUCCUCAGGCCAGUUUUGCCAAGAAAAUUUUAAUUUGUGAUAUAUCAGGUUUAGGGUGCAUUAUCUAACUGGGACCCCAAAACACAAAGUUCUUGAUGCAAGUUGAAUUUAUUUAUUGAAAAAUCACAGUGUGCAAAGAUAGUAAUCACCUAUGCUAUGAAAAGUAGAGACUUUUGCACCAGAUCUUGCUGUAGUCCCACAUGAAAGUGAUGCAUGACAUAUUACGGUCCUUCUUAACUCAAGUACAGAGGUGAUGUAAAAUGGUCAUGAGCCUCUGCUGCUUCAUUUUGUAAGGUUAAUGUGUUGCAUUCAGCAGUUCUAACGAUGUAACUUCACUAAUAUUUUGUAUUUUUUUCUCAGAAGUGUCUUUGUCUUUCGAGAGAUGAACGUCUCAUCAGCCAAUGUGACAGUGUUUGUCCGAACUAGGGACUCCUUCACUGAAGCUGUCACUAAAAAUGUCAUCGUCAUUGUUUUCGGGAUUUUCAUCAACUACAUCAAUGCCUGCCUUUUCCACACCUUCAGAAAACACCAGGUAUAAUAUUCCCUACAGGUAUUGAGAAGAAAUAAUUCUUUUAGAAGAGAUUUUCAUCUUAAAACCCUACAGGCCUUUUUUCUCAUGGAGGGUAAAGUUUUAUAGAAAGUUUUAUAAAAUGACCAGAUUAUAGGAUCCAGAUCAUCUGCAACAAUCAUCCUGAAUGUGAAAGAAAAACUUUUCAAUGGAAGUCUGAGAGAAGUAUUAUAAAGCAAGGCUUAGAGGGAAAAUCAUAUCAGUUGAAUUCAAAGUCAGAGUUUUCAGAGUCAUAAAGAUGUCCAUAUUUUGACCAAGCAAGGUCAUCAUGUUAACCUGCAUAUCAAAACAAACAAAGUCAGGACCAGGUCGUGUUUCAAGUUUCAGCUCUAAAUGGACUGGUAAGUAAUUAUCACCUUGUUGGUACCCCCCUGUGGUCAGUUUGAAUCUUUAGUCACAAAAAUAAAAAAAGUGCAGAGAAAAAGCUGAAACUGUGAUGUUUCAUUAAAGAAGCUAGAAUACGAACAUGCACAGUUUCAUUAACUCAUAAUAUAUGAAUUCCUUCACAGCAACAAAGUUACUCUGUCUGUGCUUGUAGGUCAAUUUGUGACAUCCAGCUUUGUAUCCAACUGCAAACAAACAACAUGAAAUUACACAACCAGAAAAGAAAAGAUGAAAACACACAAAAACAUGAGUGCUCUCUCUGGUACAUAAACAGAUAUGCGUGUAGUUAAGUAUAGUAUAGUAUGGUAUAGUACAUUGUGUACACACCUACUAGGGGUGGAGCCGAAUGCGAUAUUCUGAAAGGCACAAUUAAGGUUUUUUUAAAAAAAUGUAUUUCAAACAAAUACUUUUAUAUUAUAUAAACAUUUAUAUUCGAGAAUCAAAAAAAACACAAUAUCAAAAAGCUGCGUUUCCUCAUGAGACCGCCGUGUAUGCCGAAAUGAGUGAGCGAGUGACGUUUAGGAGUCAGGGGAGGGGAGAGCGUAAAAAAAAAACUGACACAGGCUGCACAACACAGCAACAAAGAAGGCUCGGCUGAGUGAAACAAAACUCUCUUGUUCAAACUCCGCUUUCCAAAAGUUAUAAACUGCCUCCAGAACCCAGCUAAGGUACAAAAAUCUAUUCAAAAAGUGAUGCAGUUAAAGGGACAUUCUGGCGUAAAAUUUAUUUAAGGUCAAACACACCAUAACACCGAGUUAGACACCCCCUCGAGAGAUGAAUGUUGCCGACUGCUUGCUUCUUUAGUUAUACCAACUUCAGUAACGACCGCAUGAUAGCAAUACAGAGAGCCACGCGCUCAACCAAAAAGCCACUCUAAAGCCACAAAAAAUGCUCAGAACAGCACCUUACUUCAUCAACAGUACAUAUAGAGUCCCAGCCAUUGCACUAGCCAUCAAACAUCUUUUUAGCUUUGCCUGAUUUCUUCAGCAAAGAGACCCAACACAACUCACACACUCUCCUCCAGCAGCCGCUUGUUUGUGAGGGGAGCCCGGACAGUCCAUCACAGAAUGCAUGGGAGUUUUGUAGCUCAAGGAAGAAUAUUUAUGAUCAUUACUUAAUGGAAAUACAAUCAGAAUUCUUGUGUAUCUUGUACGAUAGUUAAUGACUGUUAUUAUUAUUUGAUGGCUAGUGCUAUGGCUGGGACUGAAUAUGUACUGUUGAUGAAGUUAGGUGCUGUUCUAAACGUUAUUUGUGGCUAUAGAGUGGCUUUUUAGUUGAGGUUUGCGCAUGGAGAUGUAGACCGCUGUGUAUUGCUAAUGUGCGGUAGUUACUAAAGUUGGUUUAACUAGAGAAGCAAACAGUCGGCAACAUUCAUCUCUCAAGGGGGUGUCCAACUUGUGUGUUUGACCCUAAAUUAAUCUUAUGCUGGAAUAUCCCUUUAACUGCAUCACUAUUUUGUUUAAUAGAUUUUUGUGGGUUCUGGAGGCAGUUUAUAACUUUUGGGAAGAGGAGUUUGCCGGGAGAUUAUUCCAUAACAUUACAUUAUUGUUGAUGUCUGCAGAGAGUUGACAAUAGCAGUAUUAUUUGUUUUUAUUCUGUCUGUUCAGUGUCCUUUGACAAGGAUGGGUGGUGGUGGGGUUUAUGAUGUUCACAAUGGUAGUUUUUUAAUUGUUGAUUUAACCAUAGAUGAGGUAAUGGCUGUUCUGUUAUUUUUUUUUCAAUGUUCCUUGUUGGAUUGCUGGUUCAUUUGCACACCCCUAACACCUACCGAGCAUAAUACAAAUGUCAGUUUGCUUAUUUUGGGCUCUAUUUUUGUGCUUCACCGGAGACGUGGUGCAGGAGCAGCUUAUGUCAGGUCCGCUGCGCCGACAAGGCGUUCCCAAGCACAAUUUGGUAUUUUGGUGAGCGGCGCAGCCCAGCGUAAGUAUCCCCCCUCCCUAACUCAGCACCUACCAGCGGCGUCAGUCGUAGUGAGGGAGGAGAGAGGGCGUGGAGUGGCUUUAACACAGUCGAGACCUGUAUUGACCAAUAACAUCAGCUCCUCUCCUCGCCUUUAAAUCCGUCACUAGCGAGGUGUAUUACUAUUUUCGUUUAGUAGUCAAAGAGAUCAAGAGAUGUCUAAAGACAGCAAUGCCACAUGAUGGCGACAGAAGGCAGCCCCUCAACAAGUGUCACUGUAAGCGCUGCAGAUGGCGGCCUUCAAACACCCUUUCAACAAAUAAAGACACUCACAUAAAGUUGCACAUAUUCAAACCUCAUGUGAAAAAGGUGGGUUGUGCGCAGAGAUCACAUCAUAAAUUCCAAUAAUGGCAUUAAAAUCGGAACCAUCUGUGCAUUAAUUACGCAUCACGCUCCGUGGCCGUGCUCUUUCUUUCAUAGAUGUUGACGAAUUACAUAUCGUGUUAACUUCAUCAUGUGUGUCUAUUUACUAGAUAUUUAAAUUAAUUUAAUGUGGUUUCAGCUGUGUUAAUUCGGUCAGGUUGUGUGUCCAAACACGCUCAUCAGAUCAUAUAUAGUUCAGGAUAUAUCUAUAUUGAUCUAAAUGUAUGUGCUGACUCAGAUUAUUAGUUGUUGAUUAUUCAACACCUCCCUCUGCCACGCCACCACGCCCAGCUUGGCGGACCUCGGUGCGCCUCAGUCCACGAAAAUACCAAACUGGCUGUACGCCGGGCUCCGCCAGACGAAAUUACCACUGCGCGGGGUCCGCCACCCUCUGCCGCCUCACCGACGGACACGAAAAUAGAGCCCUUGGUGUCAUGUAGUGGAUCAGAAUCUUUUUUGUCUCCUUGCUGUUAAACUAGAAUUUGCUGAACAUGACUGAGAGUAAAUUUUCAAAAAGUGACCUCAAUGGUCUGGGCCGACAACCAAGCAGCAACCUCUGCCGAUGCAGAAGUGCUAAAACCUGCAGUUCCCUGAGUGACCACUUGAGGCUGUCUGCAGAAGCAUAUGUGUAAAUGUCAUUUAUAUGUUAGCAGAGCAAAAGAAAAUUUAUAUAUAUAUAUAUAUAUAUAUAUAUAUACUGUAUAUAUAUAUAUAUAUAUUUAAAUAAACUGUACACAUAUAUAUAUAUAUAUAUAUCGACCACGUCUCCGGUGAAGCACAAAAACAGAGCCCAAAAUAAGCAAACUGACAUUUGUACUAUGCUCGGGGUAUAUAUAUAUAUAUAUAUAUAUAUAUAUAUAUAUAUAUAUAUAAAACUGUUUUGGUCUGAAAAGCUGAGUAUCCACUUUACCCACUGUACAGGGAUUGCAUUUUCUGUAAGUUAUGUUCUUGUUUGCUUUGAAAAUAUUAAAGUGGAAUUUUGGCAUAUUUUAACAUAGGCUGUAGCUGUUUGCAAGGCUAAAGGCCCCCCUCUGGUAGGCUGAGUCUGCAUUACCAAUAUGGUGGCUUCCAACAAACAAAUGAUUGACACUUCAGACAUUAUGUCAAGUUAUUGAGCAGUCCAUGGUCAGAAAUUAACCAAACCAAAAGUUUUUAAAAAAUGUAAAAAAAAAAAAAUUUUUUAAAUAAAAAAAGGCUCCCUACUGAGUACACACAAGUGCACACACUAAAGAAAUGCCUUCCAGACCACCUCUAUAUGUAAAACUGACGAAUAGAUCCAAGCAGGCAUUCAUACCUGGAAUAAUAUACUUGUAAGUAGAUCACGCAGAAAUAAUUUAAUGGAACUAAGUGCCAACAGGGUCUGAGUUGAAAAAAAAAACAAAUGGACAUGAUAAACCUUUGAAUAAUCAAGCCUGAAGAGAUUGUCUGACAUGUUUUGUGGUUCUUCUCUUCAGAUCUUCUACAGGAACCCACGGUACAUCCUGUUUUUCCACCUGGUGGUCAAUGACACGAUCCAGGUGACAACCACAAUCGUCAUAUUCCACCUCAGCUACAUCAUCUACACAAUGAGCGUCCCGAUCUGUUGCACUUUAAUGCUGCUGACCAUUCUUGCCACUGAGAACACCCCUCUGAACCUGGCCUGUAUGGCAAUUGAGUGCUACAUCUCCGUCUGCAUGCCACUUCGCCAUGUGCAGAUAUGCACUAUUAAAAGAACGCUGCUGCUGAUUGGUUUAAUCUGGACUCUAAACACAUUGUCUACUUUUCCUAACCUCUUAUUCACUGUUGCGACAGAACCACCAGAAUUCUUCAGCUCAAGAGUCCCCUGUUUUAGGACCAAAGUAUUUCCUAGUCCUGUUCUCCUGUUAAAGAGGGACAUCAUGCAUUCAUUGUUACUCAUCAUAGUUUGGAUCACCAUCUUCUUUGCUUACUUCAAGAUCCUCUUCACUGCAAAAAGUGUAAGCAAAGAUGCUAAAAAAGCCAAAAACACCAUCUUGCUGCAUGGUUUUCAGGUGCUGCUCUGUAUGUCCACAUAUGUAGGCCCUUCAUUACUAAAGCUUCUGAGACAGUGGUUCCCUCAGGAUUACACGCACCACCUUUUUGCAUUUUAUAUUAUAGUGCAGAUCCUGCCCAGAUCCAUCAGUCCAGUUAUCUAUGGUGUACGGGACAACACAUUCAGGAGGUACCUCAAAAGAUAUCUGUUCUGUGGUGUCAAUUCAAUUCAAAGCUUUCAAUAAAAAGAUAUGUGGGAAAAAGAGAAAAACAUCUCUUACUGUCUUCUAAAUGAAGUCAACGUGUAAAAUUAUAAACUUGUUUGUAUCUUAUAAAGUCUCAUUGGCAGGUUAUUUACUAUCAAAUGCUGCUUUCUACCAGAUCUAUGUAAAGUGUUACCAAAUGUUUAUUUGUUUUCCCUUAUUCUGUGUUAAAUCAAAAUUUAAACUUUAUGUUGUACAGUGUUGCAUCUCCAAACAUUAACAGUAGUUUCCUGAUUCGUCAUUUCUAACAACUGAGUGUUUAAAAGAUGUAUCGUUUCUCAUUAGGGAAUCAUUUAAAGGCUCACAGCCUAUGUACCUAGCAUUAAGCGCACAGGAUGUUUAUUAAUGCUAAGACCUUAUAAAGGUUAGAUAUAUAUUAGAUCCACAAUUACUAUAAGCUUGUAACACAGGCUUAAUACAGCAAUUGAGCCCUGUUAAGAAAGUAAAAAACUAAUUCAAGGAAAAAGAGCUUUUUUUUGGGGGGGGGGGGGGGGGGGGUCACGUGUCCCCCCCACAAAUGUAUCGCUACAUUUUGACAAUAAAGUCAUUGGGCUCUAUUUUGGUGCCUCGCCGAAGACGUGCCACAAGCGCAGCGUCAAUCAGAUCCGCCGCGCUGACAAGGCGUUCCCAAGCACAUUUUGGUAUUUUGGUGAGCCGCGCAGCCCGGCAUAAGUAUCCCCCCUCCCUAACUCAGCUCCUCCCAGCACCAUAAGUCGUAGACAGGGAGGAGAGAGGGCGUGGAGUGUGUUUAACACAGCCGAGACCUGUUUUCACCAAUCACAUAAGCUCCUCUCCUUGCCUUUAAAUCCGCCACCGGCGAGGCGUAUUACUAUUUUCAUGAAGUAGUCAAAGAGAUCAAGAGAUGUCUGAAGACAGUUAUGCCACACGAUGGCGACAGAGGGCAGCUGCUCAACAAGUGUCCUCCACACUCUCUCAUCUGAGCACAGAUGGAUUUGGUGUGCGUAAUGUUGGACCCACUGGUAAGACAAACACCCUUUUCCACAAAUAAAGACACUCACAUAAAGUUGCAUAUAUUCAAACCUCACGUGACAAAGGUGGGUUUAGCGCACAGAUCACAACAUAAACUCCAAAAAUGGCAUUAAAAUCGGAACCAUCUGUGCGUAAAUGACGCAUUGCGCUCCGUGGCCUGGCUCUUUCUUUCAUAGAUGUUGGCAUAUAAAAUAAAUUUGGCCCACAAAACUGAAUAUUAUAAUAUCCGCAUGUCGGCUUAAAGUAGAUAACGCAUCUGAGCACUGAAACAAAUCAUCUGUUCAGCCGCAGCAGCAGUAGCAGGAGACGGACAGAGGACACGGAGACGUGUCCAGGUCGAGCUGUGCGAGAAAUAAGAGGAAGAAAGAAAAGGAGGGAGACACAUUACAUAUCUUGUUAACUUCAUCAUGUGUGUUUAUUUACUAGAUAUUUAAUUUAAUUUGAUGCAGUUUCAGCUGUAUUGAUUCGGUCAGGUUGUGUGCCCAAACGCGUGCCAAACGCGUGCCAAACGCGCUCAUCAGAUCAGAUAUAGAUCAGAAUAUAUCGAUAUAGAUCUAAAUGUAUGUGCUGACUCAGAUUAAUAGUUGUUGAUGAUUAUUUAUUGCACUGAAAUCUGCCUGACACUGUGGAAACCUGCCGGUGAGGCAUCGGUGACGUCUGUCCAUACACCGCCGGUCUACCAAAAUACUACUAGAUCAGCUGCGUUCCGCCUUGUGCUGAAAGCUGACCAGGUUUGAAUCGGCGAGCUUUCAGCGCACGUUACACGCCAGUGGCGAGCACGAAAAUGUCACUGCGUCAGCUGAUUCUGUCAACACCUCCCCCUGCCACGCCACCACGUCCAGCUUGGCGGAUCUCGGCUCGCCUCCGUGCGACUCAGUCCACGAAAAUACCAAACUCGCCUUACGCCGGGCUCCGCCAGACGAAAAUACAACUGCGCGGGGCUCGCCGCCCUCCGCCGCCUCACCGGCGCGAACGAAAAUAGAGCCCAUAAUGAGAAUAAAAUUAUAUUUUGACAAUUCAGUCAUAAUGUUGAUGAAAUUGUUUAAUUAGAGGAAAGUACAAAUGUUUUGUGAAUGAAGUCAUUUUGAGAAUAAAGUUAUUUCAGAAUAAGAAAAUGUCACUAAAUUUUGAGAAUAAAUUCAUUUUUUAUGGGGAUAAAGUUGAUUUAAGAAUGAACUAAUUUCAAGAAUAAAGUUGACACGAGUAUGAUGUCAUGUUUUUGGAAUAAAGUCAAUAUGAAGAUAAGACAAGACGAACUUUAUUGAUCAUCAAAGAGAAAUUCAAUGAAAAUAUUAAAGUCAAUUUCAGACUAUCAUCUGUGAGAUUAAGUCAUUAUAUUAAUAGGAUAAUGUGGAUUUGAGAAAAAAGUUUACUUUGGAAUAGAGUCUCUAAAUUAUAAGAAGAAAGUUUGAUUGGAGAAAAAAAAUGCAUUUUAGAGGAAAGUUGUACCAAAGCUGAGAACAAAGUGCUUUGUUUUGCAUUUUUGGGUACAAAAUUGUUUGUGUAAUAGAGUUUUGUUUUGGGAAUAAAGUAGUCAUACUGUGGGACCCAAAUUGUUAUUUUAUAAGAACAGAUUCAAAUUUAUUCUUCUGACAUAAAGACUUUGUUUUUCAUUUUAAAAUUUACUUCAACUAGUUUCUUAAUAUUUUGACUUCACUACCUGUAAAUUCUUGAUCCUCAUACUCUUUGACACUUGGGAACUUAGUCAAUACUUUGUUACAAGAACAAACUUUUAUUCCCAUAUCUAAAAUUGUAUGCUCCCUUACAAGCACUUAUUGGAGCUUUGUUAUUUAUCACAAAGACUUUUUCAUUUUCAUAUUACUAACUGACGGCUGAUCCAUCCUGACUGUAGACUGUUAAUACAGUCUAUGGUCAUGACACAUAAUCUCAAUAACACAGUGAUGUCAUGUCUGACAUUGUGCUCUAUAUAAAGCCAUUGAACAAUUUCAGACUUACUCAGUAGCUGCUGACAGUGGAGGCUGAACGGUUCCAGGUAGAACAGUGUUUGUUCUCUCUCAUUCGUGUUACAUUUUAUUAAACUUGUUGCAGUCAAUACAAAGUUAAUCUGCAUGUUGCUCUCAAUAAAAGCAUUGAAUUUACUUUAAGAGGUGGUUAUGGCUUGAACAAUUCACCACUUAGUAAGCACAUUAUAUUACUAGUUUUAUUUUGAUAUCAGCUCAGAUUAAAACCUAAUUGAAUCCUAGAAAAAUGAUGAGUUCUUAUAACUUUCAGUGACUCUGUAACUCAUUCUCAAUGUCUUUUUGUCACACAGAUGUGCAGGAUCUUCAAAUUGAUUUCAUGAAUUUCUCCUCUCCUCUGGGGUAUCGAGACUCUUACAGCACAGCUGUGGCCAAAAAUGUGAUUGUUGUGGCUUUCGGUCUCACAAUCUGCUACAUUAAUGGUACCCUGAUCCACACCUUCAGGAAACAUGAGGUCAGAUUCUUUCCUCUUUAAAUGAUUACUUCUUAACCAACACUUAAUUUCUGCAGUUGUCGGUAGUGUUUUAGGUGCAAGGCUGUUUGAAGGCUGAGCUGGUGUUCAUCUGGGGGUGUCUGAAUUUAGCAGAUGUAUUUACAAGGAUUCACAGCUGUGGAAGAUAAUAUGUGAUUUCCUGUCCUUUUUCUUGUCUUAUGAGCUUACAUGGUACACAAGCAACCCUCUCUUUCUCUCUCUCUCUCUCGAUUAAACACUGUCAUUUUUCUGAUGGCUUUAGCUUCAGUGCAUGUGUGCAUCAAAUUAGAAAGAAAAAAUAGUCUUCUAGUUGACCUUUACAAAAACUGACCUUUCAGGUUCAUUCAGAUAAUUUUGAGUCUAUAUCAUUUGUUUCUUAGCCUUUAAUGAUAGGCUCUUGAUCUUUAUUUAAAGUGUCCUUCAGGUUCUCAUGUUGUCUGAGUUAAUGUUGGCUGACUCCUUCACGGGUUUCUUGGGGGUUUGUCUCUUUACUCUAUUAUGUUUCUUUGUAAAUCCCUGUUUUUUAUUGGUGCUUUAUAAAUAAACACUGGGUGCAUGCAACAAAACAUAAUCUAUCCUACAAAAGCUGCAACCUGAUUGCUGUUUCUGUUCUUUCAGAUCUUUAACAUGAAUCCACGUUUUAUCUUUUUUAUCCACCUGGUGGUGAAUGACAUAAUCCAGCUGCUGACCAGUAUCACCCUCUUCAUCUUAACGUACACACUCUACUACAUCCAAGUCCCCAUCUGCUGUCUCCUCAUCGUCCCUGCUGUCAUUGCCACACAAAACACUCCUCUGAAUCUGACUUUUAUGGCAGCAGAGUGCUACAUCGCUGUCUGCCUCCCCCUUCACCACAGCCAGAUCUGCACAAUCAAGAAAACCUACAUUGCAAUCGGCCUGAUCUGGACGAUUAGCUCUUUUUCCAUCCUGCCUGAUGUCUUCAUCUUUUUGGCCACAGAGUCCCUGGAGUUCAUGGAGUCAAAAAUUUUCUGCAAAAGAGACUCAAUGUUCAGGAGCAUGUACAGCAUAAAAAAGCGGGAUGCAUCUCACAUUUUGUUUAUGGUUAUUGUUUGGCUCACUCUUGUCUACACGUACUUCAGGAUUUUGUUUGUGGCCAAAGCUGCAGAUACAGAGGCCAGGAAGGCCAGAAACACAAUCCUCAUUCAUGUUUUUCAGGUGCUGUUGUGCAAUAUGGUUUAUCUGGGUCCUGUAAUAAUUUCAGUCUUUGUUCACUUCUUCCCUAGGUAUUAUACAACCACAACAUUUUUAAUAUACAUUUUACUCCAAAUCCUCCCUCGCUGUAUAAAUCCGGUUGUGUAUGGAUUGCGAGACAAGACGUUCAGGAAGUACUUCAAAAGGUAUCUGUGUUCAGGAACCUGACCUGGCUAACAGGCCUCAGAAAAAUAAAUUCCUCUUCAUGCAGUGGUUUUGAGCUGACUUUAAUUGUGCAUAGAUCAAGGGAUAUUUCAAUAUUUUUAAAGUGGGGUUGUAUGAUUCAAUACUAGUACACGUGUUUUAGCCACAAUAGAUGCCAAUCAGCUUGGCCCCUUUAAUGAGGAACUGCCAGGAGAACCAGCACACAAGCUAAACUACAGUUUUUAACAGACACAGUUGACACAGUUAAAUAUUUAACUGAUUUUGACAGACUCUGACUGAAGCACUCAUACUAAGUUAGAUAUAUGCUCUUCCAAGAAAUUUUCAGUGCUUUAUCACACAAUCACGUUCCUCUCCAUGCAGUGUGAUCAGCUAAUCAGGUCUUUGAUAUGCAAGUUACUGAUGAAGGAUGAGUUUCGAUAUUUUUUUAAUAUAUAAUUUAUAUAUUGCUGCAUUUUAGUUUUGCAAGAUGUGAAACACCAAAUACCCAAGACCAUCUUGUUGUUUGUUCAUUAUUAAGCUCAGACUUUCUCUUCAGCAGCUAACACAGUGUAUUUUUAAUCAGGUAAACAUGGUGAUGGUUGCAACCUUAAUGCGAACUGCUGGUUCAUUUUGAUUCCCAAAGAUUCAGAGGAGCUGUAGUUUGCAAGUCUCACUCCUGACACACAGUAGUUUUCUCUAUUUAUGGGUGUUAGCACACAGUUUACUCAUCUCAACUCAACUCAAACUUUAUUUAUAGCACUUUAAAAACAACCGAAGCUGACCAAAGUGCUGUACAGGUCAAUAAGACACAGCGAAAUACAUAAAACAGACAGUAAACAAUAUGAUCAAAAACACAGAAUACAAGAUUAAAAUACAGCAAAGUAAAAUUCAGGUACAAAUACACCAUAAAUAAAAACAAAUAUAAAAUACGUAGGUAGAUAAAAAACAAAUAUAAAAUACCAAUCAAGAGCUAGGUAAAAGCUAGGGAGAAAAAGUGUGUUUUUAAAGACCUGAACCAGCAGGUAACCUGAGAUCUUUCUUGCCCUACACUUUUUUUGCCCUACAAAAAAAUUUCCCCUUUUCUUUGAUGCAGGGAGUCACAUUUUUUACUCACAGCUGACCAGUGCCCUGCAUGCAGAGAUGUGUAUGCAAAGUGCACAAAUACAAGAUUAUUAGCCAACAUGGGCAGAUGUUUCAAGGUGUUCUGGCUGCCUAUGGUGGGUCAGCUCCUGGAUCCAGUUCAAGGGAGGUCUUCAGCUUGGCAUAUUAUGACCAGUAAUACCCCUUACAGUCCCCAGGAACAAUAUGUUUACCUGUAUAGCAGAGGAAAAAACAACCAAACUGGAACUCCAGAAGAACACAACUGCUUCACGUUUACCAUGCCAAUUGCAACAGGUAUUGCUGCUCCCUUGUUCAUUACACCAAUCGCUAUCAGGAUGCCAGAGCUGGAGCUUGCCAACAGACAAGGCAGGCAAUUGCUUGGGGCCCCCUAGUGGCUUGGGCUGACGGACCUUACUCCACAAAAAUGUCCUAGAAUAUUGCAACCCCAUUCAACAACCAGUGGUCAAAUUGCAAUGACAUCUCAGAUGGAUAGCCGCCUAAAGGGGCCCUUUGUCAUCCCUGUCGCACUGCUUUGGGACUUACGUCCAUCUUUACUGAAGUGUGUCAAAGUGACAAAAUCAGCCAUGAAGUGGAGCUACAUAUCAGGGAGUGAGAAAAGAAAAAGAAGUAAAGACAAAGAAAUAAGGAGAAAGCAAGACAGUGGUAAAUGGAACAGAUAGCGAAGUUUGGCAAACACUUAAACUAGCAUUAGGUGUAAGGCUGGCUGUUAAUUGUUUGAUUGUUAGAUAGCAGAGCGGAAGACGUUAGCCUGGGGUUCCUGCUUUGUUGACUCACUGUUACCGUGUGUUGACACACCCACACUGUCUUGCUAGGUUAGCCGACAGAGAGAAAAUGCGCUUGUAAGGCACAAUACUGAAAUUCCACCAAAGUAACUAGAACAUAGUAAGGGAGUGAUUUGAGCAGGAAAAACAGCUAACCCAGACAACAGCUUUCAAUGUUAAUGAAACUCUAUUAAUGAAAUUUGAGUCUUAACCAGCUUAACUCUUACACUACUGACGCUUUGAAAUUUAGAUCUAAAUUUAGACAGUAUGCUUUCUGCAUGAAAUACUAUCAACUUUGGAGCAUAACAUACUGAAGUAAGUAUCAGACAUCAAACCUUGGAGCAGAGGUGAGGUGCUUGCUACUGUGGUAAAAACAUACCAGAGCUGUCGCUAUUUUAGAGCAAUAUUUUCAAGUUAUGUAGUAAUAAUAUUAAUUGGUUUGAGUUUCAGUUUCUGAUCCUCUGUGUUGGUUUCAGACAAGUGAUAUGUUUAAAGGUCCUUACACACUAGGGCUGACACGAAUAUGGAACGUGAAAUCCCGAAAUUUUCGGAGGCGAAUUUUGUCGCGCCUGACUAUACACAUCAAGGUGGAAGUGAGGGGACAUAAAUGGAGUCUACCUCAACUUCAAGUGAUGGCAAAUUGGUACUCCUUUUGCUUUCUCAAAAGAAAAAGAAACGUAGCACAUGGGUGCAUCCAAUAUUAAAAAAAAGAAGAGAACUUGGUGAGUUUCACUUCUUGGUUCAGGAGCUGAAACUGUACCACGGUCGCUGAUUGUUUUCAGUUCUGCUUAGACACUAGUGUUGAGAUGGCUGUCUGUCAUGAUAGCAUGUACUGAGUCGGGGCCAGUACCAGAUAAGCACAUUAGACUAAGGUAACAACCGUUAGCUUACGUUAGCACAGAUGAAAGUUAAAACAAAGACGUUUAGCAAACUGUUAAAGCACACAAACCAUCUUCAUAUGAGAGAUCCGAUGGUAACCCUCCACAAGUUGUCCUUCAGGCCGUUAUCUUUGUAAUAUUUGUGUCUUUUAUCAAAAUGCACUCUGUUUCUGACACGUAAACAAUCAGAUGGUCGGAUAUGUUGGAUAUACCAGUGAAUCUGACGUCGCAACAACACGCAAUCUGAUUGGUCAAAGGUGGACACACAGUCUGCGAAACUUUGGAAAAAUCGACCAUGAUCCGAAAAAAUAAAUGCCGCAAUAUCGCAAAACAGGAAAACGUCACUGAUGUGAACGCUUGUAUUGACAGGAUACGGGUUCUAAAAAAAAUAUUGACGUUCGAAAUAAGCGCACGACAAAAAAGGUCCCAGUGUGAAAGGACCUUAAUGCUCGUCAGAGGGGCCCCUUGAGAAUUUCUGCUUGGAGCCCCAGCACACUCUAGAAUUGGCUCUGCAGGACGCAAAUGAUCAUUGAUUUCAGAUUUUCAACUCUCAUGUAUAAUGGGCUCAAUUUGUGCUGCCUGACAAGACUUAAUGUAUGAUCUCAUCAUUACGAGUGAAUUUGCAUGUAAUUCACGCAUGUGGCCUGCCUUAAGCUCUCUCUGCUGUGUUGUGUCAUAGACCAGGAAAUAUUCUCUUUUGGCAUUUAUUCUGCAACAACAGAAAAUUUUAUCUCUCACAGCCAGUUCAGUGGUAACCUCACAGAGCUUUCCAUUGUUUUAGCUAGCAAAUAUUACAAUGUGACAAACUCAAAUAAAUUAAUAAAUUGUUACAGACUUGUCUUGUUUUGAACACAGACAUUUUCUCAAACUUAGAUAAAUAAAAAGCAUUUUUAACAUAAAAACAUAUUUUUAUAAAAAAGGCAAAAAGCUUUUUCGUCCAAGAAAGUUUUUUUUAAAAUAUGUUAAUAACAUUUCCACUCUGGUACUAAAAACUGCUGAUUCAUCCUUACACAUAAUCUCAAUAACACAGUGAUGUAAUGUCUGACAUUUUGCUCUAUAUAAAGCCAAUAAACAACUUCAGACUCACUCAGUAGCUGCUGACAGUGGAGGCUCAACUGUUUCAGGUAGGACAGUGUUUGUUCUCUCUCAUUCAUUGUAUGCUUGACUUAUACCUGUUGCUGUUCAGAUUAUAAAUAUUUGGCUCAGUAUGGCACUGAAUCCAGUAUAUCACCUUGGUUUUUAAAUGCAGCUUGCGGCUUUAAUAAUUCCCUUCUUAGGAAGCACGUGUGUUUUAGUGUUACUGCUUAUUUCAACCAGGAUUAAAUCCUAAUUUUGCAUUUGUAUUUGUAUUUGUAAACAUUGAGCUUUUACUGAUCUAAUUUCUUACCACUCAGGGGCAAAAUUGACAACCUGUAUAGGGUUUCUAUGUGAGUAAAGCAUAGUAGUAACAUGCAAAAUCUGACAACUGUUAGAAAUGAGACGCUUGAAAAUAUGAGGUCACUGGUUGCAGAUUUUCAUUAAGAGAACAUUUAAUGCAACUUCCGGUGACUCUGUAAAAUUCUUACUCAUGUCCCACUGUCACACAGACCUGCAGGAUCACCAGAUUAACUCCAUGAAUUCUUCAACUCCCAUUUCCAACGUGUCAAGCAGUGCGAGUUAUGGAGACUCUUUCGGCACAGCUGUGGCCAAAAAUGUGAUUGUUGUGGCUUUUGGUCUCACAAUCUACUACAUUAAUGGUACCCUGAUCCACACCUUCAGGAAACACGAGGUCAGAUUCCUUUCUCUUGAAAUGAUCACUAUUAAACUAAUACCUAAACACUGUCUGAAUUACUUUCUGCAGUUAUCAGGUCGUGUUUUUGAAGGGUGCAGUAUUUAGUUUCAGUGUUUGACAGCAGAGCUGGUGUUCAUCUAGGGGUGUCUGAGUGUAGCACUUGUGCAGGAUUUCUGGAUGAAGUUGUGUUUUUGAUCUCACCCUGUUUGAUGAAUUCGAACAGGAAUUAGGGCUUUAAAAGCAGAUUCGUCUGAGAGAUGGUCAUUACUGGAGCGAGGCUAUAUCUUAGACAACAGCUUCAACAGAAAACCCUGAAUGCAACAUUGAAGAGCAUGUCUGUUUUGAAUUUGUGUAAUAUGUGAUUUUCUCUUGUUGUGGCCUGCCCGUCACAAGUGUUUACUUUUUCUUUUCUUAUAACCCCACAUGGUGCAGAAGCAACCCUCUCUCCUGUUCACUGCACAAGUUUUUCUGAUGACCUUGAGCUUCAGAAAGUGUGUGUGUGUGGGUAGGUGUCAGAGUGGAAAGAAAAAUACUUGAUUUUCUGAUUGCAUCAUAAAAACAGAAGCUCACUUUUCUCAUUAUUUGAGUUUUGGAGAAUUCUUUUUAGCAAUAUCACACCUUUGCAAAAUUGUUGGCUCCUAAACUAAUUGGCAUCCUUUGAGAAAGACAGUUUGUGUUAUGACAGAUGUGUGUUUUAUGCCAUGUAGUUUACAAACACACAUAUGCAGUUGCUCGUCAACCCGCAUUUUCUUUCUUUUUUUCCAGCAGUCUCUCUUCCAAUUAUGUUUGAAGUUUAGUAGUGAUGGUUGGGGUAUUUUGUUUGACUUUCUCUCUUUUUAUGGUCAAACAGAAGCCAGGCUAGUCUUACAUGUAUAAUGAAAGGAGACUAGCUCAUCUGCGAUUCAAUUUGAAGUAAAAGCAGACAAAGACGGUAGAAAAAAACAAAAACAAAGCCAUAGAUUCUAACUAUCACACAUUGAGCUGAAAAUCUCUUUAAGUGCUACUGAGAUUAAACAGAUGGAAAUAAAUCUGCUUUAUAAUCAGAUGCACAGAGGUCUUUUAUCAUCAGGCUGUCCGGGCUCAGGCUACUUUGUAAAACUAGAUCCAGGCUGCCCAGCCUUACAAGUGGCCUAAGAAACAAUUUUAUUAUCAUUAUUUAUCUCUUCCUUCAUUCUUAAAAGAAGAAGUAGAAGAAUAAGAAUGAAUGAAUGAAUAGAUAUUAGUCCUCCAGGUAUAUUAGUCCGACUACAAGAAGAUUAAUGGGAUUUCAGUUGGGCUAAAGCAACAACUUGAUUUUUUUAUUAACAAUAUGUAAAUGCACUGAUUAUAAUAACAGCAGGAGUGGUGCAAGGAUGGGCCCUGGGAAACCCCACAUGUCACCUUCACAGUGGAUGGAUACAAGUGUGUGAAGUGUAUCUAGGAUAAAACUUAAGUAGAUCAAAAUCAUAUAUAUAGGAUGUGAGCUGGUUCAACCUUUUCAACUUUUUUCUUUCUCUGUCUUUCAGAUUUUUUAUUUCAAUCCCCGUUACAUCCUCUUCAUCCAUCUGGUGGUAAAUGACAUCAUCCAGCUCUCUACAACAGUGAUCCUGUUUGUCUCCAGUUACGUCUUCUACAGAAUUAAUGCCUCUCUUUGUUGUAUUAUCAUAACACUCGCCCUCUUUACCACUCUCAACACUCCACUUAAUUUAGCAGUCAUGUCGGUGGAAUGCUACAUCUCUGUCUGUUUACCUCUCAGACACCCUCAGCUGUGUACAGUAAAACGAACAUAUUUUCUGAUUGGUGGGAUUUGGGUCUUGAGUUCUCUCUCUGCGCUGUCUGAUUUGUUUGCUUUUGUAGCAACAGAGCCUGCGCACAUAUUUUACUCUACGGUUUUUUGUGUGAAGGACCACCUGUUCAGACACCCAGUUCAUAUGAAAAAGAAGGAGGUUUAUACUGUUUUCCUGAUCGGUAUUUGGCUUGUGCUUCUUUAUUCUUAUGUUAUGAUCUUCAGGGCUGCUAAAUCAGCUGAUGGAGACGCUAAGAAAGCCAGGAAUACAGUCCUGCUCCAUGCUUUCCAGCUGCUGUUGGCUAUGCUAACUUUUGUGGCAUAUGCAGUCAAAGAAGGUCUGAUGAGGUGGUUUCCCAAAUAUUUCACGACUGUGGUCUUUGUUCCGUAUAUCAUCAUCCAGAUCCUUCCCAGGCUAAUUAGUCCAAUCGUGUAUGGACUGCGAGACAAGAUGUUCAGACAACACUUUGAAAAGUAUAUACUGUGUACAGUGAGAGUUAAGCCUUUAACAUGAUCAUAAAAUCAUGAAAAAACCAGCAAAGAUUAAUCUUAAAGCAGCUGUGAAGUAAAUAUUUGAUCAUUUGAUCUGCUUAUAUUAGACAAAUGUUUCCCCAUUUAGUCUGUGUUGCUUUUUUGUUGCUGUUAUGCAUUAUAGUAUCUCUAUGCUAAAAAUGCAUUUAGAUAGAAAUAAAGGAAUUACUAACACAUACACACUUGCUAUUUAACCUGUGAUUAUAUUAGAAUAUUGUUGUUCUUUUCAUUGACAUGGUUUCAGCCUUGACAACUUCAAUGCACCAGUUAAAUACAGUUGGGUUAGUUUAACGUUCUGCAAUUUUUGACAGGCGACCAGAUAUCUUCAGAUAGUCUUAAUAUAAGAAAACUGGAUUAAGUGUAGAUCUCUAAACCAUCUGGAAAAGCAGGAAAAUGGAGGUUUACAUUCAUAUCUAAGUAAACACAAGCCAUCCAUACUUCUGCAGACGUGCAAAGGAGAAUACGGCUAGCUGACAUAUACAAAUAUCCGUGGGAAUGAAUAGAUAAAUGUAUGAAUAAAUAAAUGAAUCUAAAACUGAGAAAAAAGUAAACUUAUUCAGGGUUCCUGCUCUUUUCCAGGAUAUUAUUAUUAUUGCAUAACAUCCAUAAGCUUUGUCUUUCUUUUUGUUUAAGUCUGAUUUGAAAAAUAAUGCGCAGCAAUAAAACUGUAGGUUGAGAAGUUUCUAUGCGCAUAAACUUUCUGACUGAUCACGUAAUUCCUGUAAUUCUACAACAGAAGACUAAACUUUUUUUUUGUUUGUUUUUAAAAGCUAAUAACACCAUGACUGUUACAACGGUUUUGAGGGCUUUGUUCCUAGCAACUUUUGUCACAUAGCUGACGACAACACCAUGUGAAUCCUGAGAGCAGCAGACUCAUUUUUCUGGUGCUAACACACUUAAAUUCAGUGGUUACUGAAAAAUAUUUCUGAUUGAAAGCAAAGUUCAUCAUUUAAUAAAUCUGGUUUAGUUUGUAUAAAGCUGAAUCGGAACAACAGCAAAGCAGAGAUCUGAGAGACUAAUGUUAAGUUGUUAGGAUGGUGUGAAGGGGGCUCAGUCUACAUCAGGUUAAUGAUGAAGGCCCUGCUCAGGAAGAUGGAGAAGUUACUCCAGCAAAAAAAAAAUCCAGUAAAAAGCGCUCAGAGGCCGUCACGCUGCACAUAAUUCCUACAUGACGCUCGAGUAUGGGUACAGUACCGGGCUGGAAAACUGAGUAAAAUCAGGGUCUUUUGUGCUAAACUGGACUACUUGGUGAAAGUGCACCAUUUGAAGCUCAAAGAUGUGUGGAACUAUUUUGAAAAGGCUUAAAAAAAUCAAAGUCAUCCAACUCCAAAGCUUUUUUUGUACUGGGCUGUAAUCAUGUACAAAUUUACUGUGAAUGUUAUCAUCUUUACAGAGAACCUAGAGGUGAUUUCUGCUUUUCCAGCAAGCCUCAUGUGGACACUGAUGUAACAUCAGCCUAAUUUUCAACACCAGAGGUUGCUGCAUGUAUUUUGACAUCUUGUUCUCACUUUAAAAAUAGACACAAACUGACACAUCACUAAACAACCAUUUAAUUAAAAUUUAUGAUAAAUUUUACUAAAGGGCUCACACAUUUGAAAGAAACUUUAGUUUGAGAUGUUAGUGAACUUUUAACCUUCUCUGAGGGAUCUUAAUGGACCUCCCACACAUGAAACCGUUGAAUAUUUGGAUCCCAGGACGAUUGCACCAAACAAAUCUGGAGUAUAUGAACUUGCACUGAUAUCUGACUCACUGCUUUAAUAGUGUCCAUAUGUGACAUUUAACAAGGUAAGUUCAUGAUUUUUAAAAAUUAUUCUGCUAGUGAAAAGAUGAUAUCUUGAUCAACUGCAGCUCAUCCUGCCUUUUUUAAAAGUGUAGAAUUUGAUGCUUCUGCCACAGAAGAAAAUUUCUGAAGUUUGAACCUUGUUUAGUAGAUAACGUUUUAUACAGAAUACAACAAAUAACUGUGUAAUGGUAAACUGCAAUAUUUUAGGAUGCUGGUAUAAUGCACACUGGCUUAUUGAAACACAUUAUAGACCUAGUAAAACUUCAUUUUUUAUCACAAAAUUGCCUUCAAAGUAAAAGAAAAUAAGGUCAUUUGUUUGUAAAAUUAGGUUCAUUUUUAUGACAUGAAUGUUUGCAGCAGUACUCCUCAUGUUUUGUCUCUGAGAUCAAAAAUGUCCCAGUGAGCCGUUCAAGACCCGAACAAGAGCCUGAAUCUGAAGAUGCUCAACAAGGCUCAUGUUUCACUUCUGAUCACUAACAGACUUUUUUUUUCUUAUUGCACCAAGCCAAAAGAUUUUUUUUUAAUUGUAUAACUUUAUAUUAUAGUUUUAGUUGGGUAAUGAAUGGAAUUUUAAGGUGAUAAAACAGGGAGAAUAUGCAAGUCUGUAACAGGAAGAUGUGUAUAAUAGAUAAGCUAAGUAAUUGUUUCACAGUGCCAUUGAUGAGGGUUUGAAGUUGGUGUCACUUUUUGUCAACAAUUACAGGAAAACUGAAGUUUUACAGUUUUUUAAAUUAUUAUCAUACUUAUUUGCUCAGCUGACUGAUGGCUGACUAUUUUUUUUGGCAAGGUUUGUACAUGUUCCCUUCUCAAAGGCUGUACCGUUAUUAUCAGUAGAGAAAAAGAGGUGAUAUUUACAGAGUAGAUAAAGUCCUUUUCUGAAUCCUAGAGGGGGGUUAUAUUGUGACUGCAGCUUCAAACAUUCAAUACAACAAUGAAAUGACCAAGAAAGGAGAAUAAAACUGCUUAUAAAUACAAACAGAGGAGCUAAAAAUCACAGACAGGAGCAGCAGAGUCUAAAGAAGACAGUGUAUGUAGUUCUGACAGAAAGACUCAUUUCAUCAUAUUCCAUAAGCUGUUAAAUUCUGGAGAUCCUUAAAAUCUUUAAAUGCUUUGGUUAAUGUAUGAAGAUUAAAAUGGUGAAAUAUGGAGAUGAUAUGUUUCUGCCUCACAGCCAUAUUAUAACGAGAUCAAUAUGAUAGUAGGUUUGUGUAAUAUUAUGUAAGUUAGAAAGAGUACAGUGAAAAUCAAAUCAAAUCAAAUGGAGCUAAGUUGUCUCUGAUUUUUAAUAAAUCAUUCUUGAAUUGAAUUGUGUCCAACUGGAUCAACUUUUGAGGAGAAAUUCACACUUACUAGACAGAUAAGUCAUAUAAGAAUAACAUAAAAUAAAUAGAGGGUAUUUAUAUGCAGGUGCACCUCAACAAAUCAGAAUAUUGUUAUGAAAAGUUAUAAAAGUCUGCAGAUGGUGAUGAUGUUAAGGCUGGUUGACUUAAAGUUUUAAAGCAGUUGUAUCUGUAGUCGUGUCGGCAGUGAUCUAAGAUCUAUAAUCAAAGUUUGAUGUUUUCAGCUUCUCUUAUGUUGCCAAACACCCUGUUGAUCAUUAAUGCCUUUUUCUGAUUCACUUGAACUUACAGUUGUUUCUGCUUACAGCUGACUCAUGAAUCUCUCAAACACGGGCAGAAAUUCCUCAGCAGGCACCCAGAGAGACCCCCUGAGCAUAGCUAUCAUCAAAAACCUGAUCACUGUGAGCCUCUGCAUCACCAUCAACUCUGUCAACGGCAUCCUGGUGCACACCUUCAAAAAACAUCAGGUCUGAAUCUUAAAAGAGUUUUUGUGAUCCAAAAACACCAGUGGAGCUUUGGCCUCUUGAGUUACCAAUUUAUGUUUAUCAUUAUAUAAUGAUUUACAUUUCCUCACUUGUCUUUUAACUGUUUCCAUUUAGUUCUGUCACUUAUAAUCUAUCAGAAGUAGCUCAAACUUUGGAUUAAAAGCAAAGUUUACAUUGCAGAGAUCAAAUGAACUGAACAACAUCUGUAUUAGGUUUGACUGGUCUGUGUCCCCCUCACUUUUCCCUUCACUGCAAUUAUCUCUCAUUCUUCCCUCAAAGCACCUCCCUCCAGUCAUUGCAGUACCCCUUUCUCCUCUUCAGCCCCCACCUCAACACAGACCUUUCCAAGCAUCACUGUGGGCCAGGUCAGAGACCAGCUUGGGAAGCUACAACCCUGGAAAGCAGUUGGUCUAACAAUGUGUGUCCUAGACUACUAAAGACCUGUGCUGCUAAACUGGAUGAACUGCUUCCAGUGAAUCUUCAACCUCAGCCUGCAGCUGGGGAGAGUGCCCAGCCUCUGGAAGACAUCCUGCAUCAUUUCAUUCCCUUAAAAGAACUGACCCAGAGAGUUGAAGGACUUUUGACCAGUGGCACUGACUUCACACCUGAUGGAGCGGCCCGUCCUUCUCAGACCCCAGAUACAACACGCCCAGGACGGUCUGUAGUUUGCAUACAAAGCAAGUGUUGGUGUGGAGGACGCCAUCCUCUACCUGCUAUACAGAGCCCACUUACAUCUGGAUAAGAGGAGUGACACCGUGAGGAUCCUCUUUCUAGAUUUCUUUUGUGCCUUCAAUACUAUCCAGCUCCCUCUGCUUGAGAACAAACUGAGCAGGAUGCAAGUAGACCCCUGUCUGGUCACCUGGAUCUAAAAGACAUCAUGUCUGAUAAGCAGCACCUGAGCACCUCAGGGCGCAGUGCUGGCCCCUCUUCUCUUCACCCUGUACACCACAGACUUCUGCCACAACUCUGAGCUGUGUCACAUCCAGAGGUUCACCAAUGACACAGCCGUGUAUAAAGGCUGACAGAGAAGAAGAGUACAGGGAUCUGGCGAGUGGUUUUGCUGUUUGGUGUCACAGGAACCAUCUGCAACUCAAUACCUUAAAGGCCAGGGAACUGGUCAUUGUCUUUGGGACUUUCCCUGUGAGUAUGGCUUCCCCUCCUGACACAGUUCCCCCCUUACAUGAUCCCCUCUCCCACAAAGAGCCUUGUGUUCCCCCCACCAGAGCCAUUUUUGGGAGAGAUUAGUAAUUAUAGUGGGUUUCUAUUAUGUUGCUCAUUAGUUUUUGAUCAGCAGCCCUUUAGUUAUCCAUCCAACAGAGCUAAGAUUGCUUAUGUUUUUAAUUUGCUAAGAGGUAAGGCUGUCAAGUAGGCCACAGCUGUUUGGGAGCAGGGUCUCCUGCUUUAGCCUCUUUUUCUAUAUCUUCCAAUGAGUUCCCAAAGUUUUUGAUCACCCCUUACAAGGUCAAGAGACAGCUAAACACGUAUUUUCCCUAGUCCAAGGGUAGUUGAUUUUUGGUUUGUUUUUGUAUCCUAGCUUCAGAGAGUGGCUGGGGAAAGAGCGAGCCUUUUAGGGCAAAACUGCUCCUCAGUAAAAAUCAGAGGAGGAUCAAUCUCAAACUCUGCAUUUAUUGUGAACAAGCCAGGCAUUUUCUUGCCACAUGCCCAACAUUAAAUGACCAGGCUCAUCAGUCAAGGCGAGCGCACUGGUUGGCCAAACUUCUUUGACCCCUAGCUUUCCUAAAUGGAUCUUGGUUCCCUCCUGUAUCCUAUGAAAGACGGAUUCCCUCCCCCAAACCCUCAUUGAUUCGAGAGCAGAUGACAAAUUCAUCCAUGAGGAACUGUUAAGACAACUUUAGCUCCCCACAGAAACCCUACCUCGCCCCAAGAGUGUCACAGCCUUAGAUGGCAGACACAUCCUCGAGUUACUCCUUCCGGUGGUCCCUGGAAGCAGCUUCUGCCUUAUUGAAAUUAAAAUUCCUGUUCAAGACCACUUCUGUUUUUUGACAUCCUGACACUUUCCUCCAGUUUGGGGUUGAGGUUGAUGUCUCAGACUCAGGAAAAGGAGCUGUACUCUUCCAAUGGGACAAAAAAUUUGCACCCCUUUGCGUUCUUCCCGUGGUGUCUUUCUCCUGCAGCAAAUAACUACAACGUUGAGAAUCGAAAGUUGCUGGCUGUGGUGUGGGCUCAUCAGAAGUACAGGCACCAGCUCAAGGGUUUCCUACACUGCUUUAUCAUGUAGACUGAUCACAAAAACCUUGCAUACCUGCGUUCUGCCCGACAUCGAAACCCCUGUCAGGCUCGCUGAGCCCUGUUCCUAAACAGGUUCAACUUUGCUCUGUCUUAUUGACUUGGAUCGUGGAAUGUUAAACCAGAUGUCCUCUCUUGCCUCCACUGCCUCUUCUCCUUGGACACCCCGACAUGACAUGACAUUUGUCCCUGAUGCCACCUGCUCUCAGGUCCUUGAGUGAGGGCAUUCUUCAGAGUUAACCUGUCAUCUCAGAACUGAUAGGACCCUUCAACUCCUGCAUCAGAACCUCUGGUGGCCCAGAAUGGCCAAGGACACCCAGGAAUUCAUCGCAGCCUACUCUGUCUGUGCCGGGGCAAAUUUUCCUUGAAGGAAAUUUUCUACCAUCCAACAGUUGAUGUCACUAAGACAGUCCAUGACACCAGCUAGGCCUCUUGUCAGUGUGUCGUCUGCGUAGCAGUAAAAGGAGACUUGGUGGAGCCAAAUUAAUUUGCCAAGGGGCAGCAUGUAAAUAGCAAUUAAAAUUGGACAUUAAACUGCACCUUGCAGUACACCACGAGCAAUAACAGACGUAGAGGAGCUGUGAUUGCCCACGGUGACUGCAAAAGUUUGCUAUAAAAGAUAUGACUGAAACCAGCAAAGUGCAGUGAGCCUGAUACCUACCCAGUUCUUAAGACGUUCAAAUAAAAUGGCAUGAUCAACUGUGUCAAAAGCUGCACUGAUAUCUAAAAGAACAAAAUUGAGCCCUCCUCUCUAUCUGCUGCUAAAGAAAGGCCACAGCACAUGGAGGACGCCAUCUUCAGUGCUGUGGCCUGCUAUAAAAAACAGAAUGAAAUCUAUGUCUGACCUUUUUGUCUCUUACUUUUUUCCAGCUCCUCAGUGCUUGCCUCAAACCAGCCAACAGCCCAGCACUCUCUCAAGCAUUUAAACCCUCAAAAGCUGUUAGCUGCCUCUGGACCCUUGCACCCUGGAUUUCCCCCACCUUGCACUAUUUCUCCAAAUAAAUUCAGUUCCUCUAGGAAUUUGCGAUCGCAACUAUUAACGCAAAUUCAAAUAAUCACAGCAAAUUCAGCGAGGCACUGCAAUUUCAUCCAAUCAAGGCAAAUUUCCUGCAUAUUUGACCAUUAACCUAGCCCUCUUUUGCCCACGCCUUUAUGUGACAUGUACGUCAUCAUAUUUAUUUCCUUGUUUACAUUAAGAAGAUGAAGACAAGUGCAAUGCUAAACACUCACAUUUACCAGCAAAUAUCACUGCCAAAGUUCCUGCAAGUAAAUUUCAAGAUGUGUUACUUGAAAGCAGAGGUAAACUCUUCUGCACUGCCAGCAAUAUUGUGGUGCAACACAUGCGAAAGUCGUCACUCGACAGACACUUUUUAACCGCAAAACAUGUAAGGACAGCUGAAACGCAAAAGGGACAGAAGAAACAAGUCACAUUGACAUAGGCUGUUGUAUCCAGAACAAUAGCAGUGGCUGACAGGAUGAAGGUAUGCGCGGAUAUACUCUUUAAAGCAAUACAAGUGUAGAAUAAAGGAGUAGGAGCGCAAGUGUGUGAAAGAGUAAAAAUAAAAAAGCUCACAAAUGAAAAUAGUAAUUCAACUUGGUGCUUAUAUUUAUGUUUUUUUUUUUUAAUGUUUUCUCUUAAUUGUAAGAUAGAAUGUAACCCAAGUUCGGCUGCCCUGUGUGCCGGUCUAUCUGUGUGGCUGUGAGUCUCUGUGCUCCCCUUUCUGUGUCUCUGUGUGGCAGUCCGUGUUUCAGAUAUCACUUAGAGAUGCAGAGCACUCUGUGUGGAAAAUAUCACACAUUAAUCUUAUGGUUUAAAGCUAAAAACUCACAAGACUGUUGUAGCUACUUUACAAUUGGCCUUGUACCUGUGAUUUUAGUAAAAGAAGCCUCAAAUUAUCCCAACUUUCACUGCAAUUUUUUAGAAAAGCUGCUGCAAAAUCAGGCAUUUUAGGCCGCAACUAAAACAAAAAAAGCCAGCGAAAUCCUGGAGGGACUGUAAACUUUUAUCACCUUUGGCCUCGUCUAGCUUGCAUUUUGGGUACAACUUUUACCAUACAACAACCAGCUUACAUGAUGUCAAACAUUAAGAUUUUGUGGACCAAUAUUACAUUCUAUUUGAUCACUUUUAUUCUGUUUAUGCAUGUUGUUCACUGUGAUGGAUAGAAACAUCAUUCCCCUAAAUUAAAAUUAUUUUUAAAAGGUUAUGGACAUGAUGAAAAUGAAACACAACGGCAAAAAUAACAAAUUUAGGACUUCAUGAUUUGUGUGUGUAAGUGUUGGUUUAAUGAAAGUUUAUCUUCUUUUCCUCUGUUCCACAAUGUCCUCUCUCUGCAGGUUCUCAACAUGAACCCUCGUUACAUCCUGUACAUCCAUCUGGUGAUCAAUGACAUCAUCCUGCUGACCCUCUUCACUCUGCUUCAUGUCCUGAGUUACAUCUUCUUCUCUCUCCAUGUCCCACUGUGCAUCAUUUUGGUGACCAUUGCGAUGUUUUCCACCCAGAACAGCCCUUUAACUCUGGCCUGUAUGGCAUUAGAGACUUACAUCGCCAUCUGCUUCCCUCUGCACCACUCACAGAUCUGCACAGUCAGGAAAACCUGGAUUGUGAUCAGCUUGAUAUGGAUGUUCAGCAUGUUUUCUGUCCUGCCUGAUUUAUUUGUCACAGUAGCAACUGAGCCCCUGGAUUUUUUUCACUCAAGAGUUUUUUGCGUGAUUGCUAAUGUGUUCAGAUACCCGACUCUCACAGAGGAAAGAAACAUAUCAAACGGUGUGUCAUUGGUUGUUGUGUGGCUGACUCUUGUCUACACGUACUUUAGGAUCCUGUUUGCUGCUAAAGCUGCUGCUGCGGAUGCAAGGAAAGCGAGGAACACUGUCCUCCUCCAUGGCUUCCAGCUGCUGCUCUAUAUGCUCAUCUAUGUAUUUCAGCCUAUUAUGGAGGGUCUCAUGUAUUUGUUUCCUAAUGGAGUACUGAUUAUUCGCUUUGUAUUAUCAAUACUGAUUCAGGUUCUGUCUCGACUCCUCAGUCCUGUCAUUUAUGGGCUCAGAGACACAAUGUUCAGAAAUUGCCUGAAAAGAGAUCUGUACAGUAUGACAGGUACUAUGGCUGAAAUACAAAAGUUAUAA